AUGGCCUCGCUAUCGUUGUCGCUCGAGGACUUGCAUUCGGUGGCUCUGCUGCGCGCCUUCUAUCUCGCUGCAUCACUUCUUAUCCUCGUCAUCCAGGCCGUUCCUGCCCUGCGCUCUCGCUUUCUUGCCUAUGGCUCUCGUGUCGCUGGUCUAAGCGGGAGGAAGGUGCUACCCGUUCAGCAGCAGCAGCAGCCAGCUCUCACCCGCAUUCUCGAUUACGCCGCCUCGCUGCAGGUUCCCCACAACUACUUCACCCAUUUCUAUAUUACAUCGGUGCUCUGUUCGCUGUUUUGGGCAUGGAGACUACGCGUCUGGGAAGCUGGUGGGCAGCAGCAGAUUGUCUGGGUGCUCAUGUUGCUUCAAGGCCUGCGCCGCAUGCUCGAGUCCUACGCAUAUACUUCAACGAGCAAGAGCCGAAUGUGGUUUGCUCACUGGGUACUUGGUCUCCUCUUCUACACCACGAUAAACAUGGCCAUCUGGGUUGAGACACCCAGCAACACUGUCGGUAAUUGGGCAUCCGUGCCGGGUGUCAUCACAGCCCAGAUGCUGCAACACUCUUACCACAGCUAUCUAUAUCGUCUCCGCACCGAAAGCAACGACUACCAGCUUCCGUCGCAUACUGUGUUUCCCAAUCUCCUCUGCCCGCACUAUACCUGCGAGGUCGCUAUCUAUGCGUUGUUGUCGCUCCUGGCAGCCCCAGAAGGUAGCUGGGUCAAUUGGACACUAAUCUGCGCGACUGUAUUCGUCGCUACAAACUUGGGAGUGACGGCAGUAGGUACGAAGAACUGGUACGUGGAGAAAUUCGGCGCCGAUAAGGUAGGUCCGCGGAAGAGAAUGGUCCCUGGGAUCUGGUGA